UGCAAAUGCAUGUUAUAGAAAGAUAGAAUUUUAAAAAUAGAAAUGAGAUAGUACCUAGAAUCAUCUGGUUUUUGAAAAUGCAAGAAGUCUCAGAUUAAGGUACUGAAAGUAGCCCUUGAAUUAUUUGGGGACACACAAUUCGUCAAGCCUUUUGCUUGCUCAGUGCAAAAGACAUCAGUUAAGUCCUGACCCCACGUGUUUCCAAAUUAAGAACUCAUUUAUAAUUCCAUUAGAUUGCAAGGGAGUAAAUUCUAAAAAUGUUGCAUUAUGCUGGAGCAUCUAUUUAACUUACCAUACUUAAUUUCCACACUUUUUUUCCCUCUCCCAUACGAUUGCAAGUCCCAUUCAUUGAACAUAGAACCUUAAGUUUAAAAACUGUGUUACAUUAAUACAUGACUUGAGGAUCUCACCCAAGAAAAUGCCCUUGCCAUCCUAGAAAUUUUCUGGUAGUCUUAGAAAAUAACUCCUUAAAGUCUGUAAACAUGUUUUCUUUUCUUGCCCAAACAGAUGAAUUCCCAAACUCCUACAUGGGUCCUGGAAAUUUCAGCCGGGUCACUGAGUUUAUUCUCACAGGUGUCUCAGACCGUCCAGAGCUCCAGAUUCCCCUCUUCCUGGUCUUCCUGCUGAUCUAUGGGCUGACUGUGUCAGGAAACCUGGGCAUCAUCACCCUCACCAGUGUUGACUCUCGACUUCAAACCCCCAUGUAUUUUUUCCUGAGACAUUUAGCUAUCAUCAACCUUGGCAAUUCUACCGUCAUUGCCCCUAAAAUGCUAAUCAAUUUUUUAGUAAAGAAAAAAGCCACCUCAUACUAUGAAUGUGCCACCCAACUGGGAGGGUUCCUGUUUUUCAUUGUAUCAGAGGUGAUCAUGCUAGCUGUGAUGGCCUAUGACCGCUAUGUGGCCAUCUGUAAUCCCCUGCUCUACAUGGUGGUGGUAUCUCGCAAGAUCUGCCUUCUGCUGGUGUCCCUCACAUACCUCUAUGGCUUUUCUACAGCUGUUGUGGUUUCACCCUGUAUAUUCUCUGUGUCUUAUUGCUCUUCUAAUGUAGUUAAUCAUUUUUACUGUGAUAUUGCACCUCUUUUAGCAUUGUCCUGUUCUGAUACUUACUUACCAGAAACAAUCGUCUUUAUAUCUGCAGCAACGAAUUUGGUUUUGUCCAUGAUUACUGUUCUAGUAUCGUAUUUCAACAUAGUUUUCUCCAUUCUAAGGAUACAUUCAUCAGAAGGAAGGAAAAAAGCCUUUUCCACCUGUGGUUCACAUAUGAUGGCUGUCACAGUUUUCUAUGGGACAAUGCUGUUCAUGUAUGUGCAACCUCAAACUAACCACUCCUUAGAUACUGACAAAGUGGCUUCUGUGUUUUACACACUGGUGAUCCCUAUGCUGAAUCCCAUGAUCUACAGCCUGCGGAAUAAGGAUGUGAAGGAUGCCUUCAAGAAAUUCAUGGCAAAUCCCUGUUCUUCCUGUAGAUUAAUAUAAUUUUAGAAAUCUUUUGGUAAAUGGGAGAUCAUUAAUAUAAGCUCCCAUUAUGUAAGAGAAAAAAAGUGUGGGUGGAAGAGUUACAUAUUAA